AAUUUUCUCUCGACGAACCCUAACUUUUCCCCGAGUUUGAUCGAUGUCGUUAGCCCUUCACGACCCUGAUCUUGUUGGUGAUGUCGAUCCCGAAGCUGAAGACAGAGAUGAGUUUCACAUGGAAGAACUGCUAAAGGAGUGGACCGACGAACCACCAAUUCGCCACGAUGUGUACCCGGAGAGUGAUGAUGAGGAAAACGCCGACGGUUCUGGAAGAUUUGACACACAUAUCAGGCGUGGUGAUGGGUUUUUGUACCACAAGCAGAGUUUUUUCAGUGGGGUUGCGUUCAAAGAGGCGGUAGUUGAUUACGCUCUCAGAACCGGCUGCAAUAUAAAGCAGUACAGGUAUGAUUCCGAUAAAAUUGGGUUCAUAUGUGUUGGUUGUGAUGGGAAAAAAGGUGGAGCUAAGUGUGAGUGGAAAGUUUAUGCGGCCAUUCUCAAGAGUGAUAAUAUGUGGAAGAUUAGGAAGUUUGUUGACACACAUAGCUGUAUCCCUAAUGGAGAAUGUGAGAUGUUUAAAGUGCCACAUAUAGCUAGGUUAUUUGUUGAUAAGAUUAGGGAUAGUCCUGAAUUUUACAUGCCCGCAAAGAUUGAAGAAAUAAUUAUGGAACAAUGGAAGAUUAGUGUCACUAGGAAUCAAUGUCAGUCUGCGAGAAAGAAGGCUUUGCAAUGGAUUGAGAAAGAGUAUGAUGAUCAAUUUGCAAGAUUAAGGGAUUAUGCGGCUGAGAUAGUUGAAUCAAACAAGGAUUCACGGGUUGAAGUUGAAUGUCUCACGAGUGCUGAAGGUAAAGACAUGUUCAAUCGGUUCUAUGUAUGUUUUGACAGUCUUAGAAAGACAUGGAAGGAGUCUUGUAGGCCUCUAAUAGGCAUUGAUGGUUGUUUUCUAAAGAAUAAGGUUAAGGGACAGUUACUUGUAGCCUUAGGUAGGGAUGCAAACAAUCGCAUAUAUCCUAUUGCUUGGGGAGUUGCUAAAGUAGAGAACACUAUAAACUGGGUGUGGUUUAUUAAGCUGCUGAAAGAAGACUUCGGAUUAAGGGAUGGUGAAGGCUUCAUCAUGAUAUCUGAUAGGCAAAAGGGUUUAAUCAAAGCGGUUGAGCUUGAGUUACCCAAGAUAGAGCAUCGGAUGUGUGUACAACACAUCUAUGGGAACUUGAAGAAGAUUUAUGGCAGCAAAACAAGGAUAAAACCACUGCUAUGGAAUUUGGCUUGGUCUUAUAAUGAGCAUGAGUAUAAGCAGCAUUUGGAGAAGAUACGGUGCUAUGACACUAAGGUCUAUGAGUCUGUGAUGAAGACAAAUCCUAGGAGUUGGGUUAGGGCAUUCCAAAAGAUAGGCAGCUUCUGUGAGGACGUUGACAACAACUCAGUGGAGUCUUUCAACGGAUCUUUGAACAAGGCAAGAGAGAAGCCAUUUGUUGCGAUGUUAGAGACAAUCAGAAGAAUGGCAAUGGUGAGGAUUGCCAAAAGGUCUGUUGAAUCGCAUACUCACACAGGUGUCUGUACACCUUAUGUUACAAAGUUCUUAGCUGGUGAGCACAAGGUCGCUUCUAAUGCGAAGGUGGCUCCAAGUACCAAUGGGAUGUAUGAAGUCAGGCAUGGUGGAGAUCUUCACCGUGUAGACUUGAAGGCUUACACUUGUACCUGCAUCAAGUGGCAGAUUUGUGGAAUCCCGUGUGAGCAUGCAUAUGGUGUCAUCCUCCACAAGAAGCUUGAACCAGAGAACUUUGUAUGUCAAUGGUUUAGGACAGCAAUGUGGAAGAAGAAUUACACAGAUGGCCUCUUUCCACAAAGGGGUCCUAAGUUCUGGCCCGAGAGUAAUGGUCCGAGAGUGUAUGUACCUGAGCCACCAGAAGGAGAAGAAGACAAGAAGAUGACAAAGGCUGAGAAGAAAAGGAAAAAGGGUGUGAAUGAGUCUCCUACUAAGAAGCAGCCAAAGGCUAAGAAAAGAAUCAUGCAUUGUGGAGUUUGUGGGGCAGCUGAUCAUAAUUCAAGACACCAUAAUAAAGACAAGGCUUCAAUUUCUUCUUCGCAGCCAUCUCAGCCUGAACCAAGUCAAGGCUCACUCACUCAAGCUUGAUCUAGUAGUCAUAGCUUAGAAGAACUAGGGUAGAAGACAUAGGGUACUUAUAUUGUGGUUGUCUCUGAUGUAAUUUUCGACCACAAUGACUUAUU